AUGUGCACCGAAUACGUCUACAUAACCAAGUGCUGGAACUGCGGCGUCGAGCACGGCGCCAUCACCACCCGGUGCGAGAAGUGCGACAACGCCACUCGUCACAACCAGCGCUGGGGCGGUUGCGGGCGCACUCACUACCGCGACCAGAUCCAGCACUCGGCCUGCGCUUCGUGCGAGACGGUGAAUAAGUCGGGGCAUAGCCGUCGCUGA